GAUGCGGUGGUGCUCUGACUUUGCCAUGCCUGCGUGCCUGGUGAUGUGCGUGGCCUUGUGGAUUGUCGGUCCGUUCACCGGGGCCUUCAACGUGGACCUGCCAACUGCCCUGGUGCAUCGGGGGCCCCAUGGUUCCAUGUUUGGAUUUGCCGUUUCUCAGCAUCGGGUGCGAGGGGUUAGUUGGCUGCUGGUGGGCGCCCCAAGUGCGGAGACGGACCAACCGGCUGUUGAACGCGGUGGUGCAGUGUUCCGAUGCAACACGGAAGUUGCGAACAGCUGUCAGCAAGUGCCUUUCGACAAGCAAGGACAUAGUCAACAGAGGGUUCGUGAUACCUACGUGCGAUCCGACAACAAAUCGCACCAAUGGUUCGGUGCCACCCUGUACAGUUCCGGAGACAACGGAAAAAUUGUAGCAUGUGCGCCACGCUACGUCUAUUUCUCGGUGAACCUGCGUCGCCGCGAGCCUGUGGGCAACUGCUUCGUCUCCGAUAACCACUUUGCUGGAUUCCGAGAGUAUUCGCCCUGUCGGACAAGUGCCUGGGGUAGGUAUCGUCAAGGCUACUGCCAGGCUGGAUUUUCUGCCGCCAUCACUCAAGAUGGUCGCUACCUUUACAUGGGCGCUGUAGGGAGUUUCUACUGGCAGGGGCAAGUAUUCUCUCAAGAUCUCGUCCAACUACAUAAUCACUACAACACCUCGGAAGACCCGCCGUCCGAAGACGACAAAUUCUUGGGUUACUCAAUGGCGGUCGGGGAGUUCUCUGGAGACGAUGACGAAGACGUCGCUGUUGGCGAGCCUCGUGGGGACGUCCUCCUAGGAAAGGUUGUACUAUACACAUCAACCAUGCAAAAUUUGCUGAACAUCACUGGAGAACAGAUGGGAGCAUAUUUUGGUUAUUCUAUCGCCAGUGUUGACAUCAACGGCGACGGCCUAGAUGACCUUGUGAUAGGUGCUCCUCUCUACACGAUGUCGGGCUUGAAAGAUUUGAGCUAUGAACGAGGACGGGUCUACGUGUACCAGCAAAGCAAAAUCCACAGAUUCGAAGAUUUUACGAGUUUGGAUGGUGAACAUACCAAGGGCAGGUUCGGCAUGUCUGUCGCGAACAUCGGUGAUAUUGACCGGGAUGGUUACAACGAUUUUGCUGUUGGUGCCCCGUAUGCUGGUGAAAAUGGCCAUGGUAUAGUCUACAUAUAUCAUGGUAGUCCAAACGGCGUUCUACAAGAAACUUCGCAAGCCAUUUAUGCCGAGGAAGUGAGAGAACCCGGACUCAGGACCUUCGGAUUCUCGAUAAGUGGAGGACUAGAUUUGGACAACAACGAGUAUCCUGACCUUCUUAUUGGUGCUUACGAGUCUGACGCCGCCGUGUAUUUGAGGAGCCGUCCCGUGGUUGACGUCGAGGCCACCCUGCAGAUCGACGGAGAAAAUAUAACGCUGGAAGACAGAACCUGCAAACUCAGGGAUGGCACCUAUGUGAGCUGCUUUGUGGCCACCAUCUGUAUGAAGUACUCUGGUAUUGGCACAUCGCCCGCUCUUGGGGUGGCUUACCAGCUGGUUCUUGACGCCGGAGGAAAAAGCUUUCCGAGGGCUUAUUUUCUGGAGAAUGAACAGGAAUACAGACUGAACGUGGACAUUCCCCUCCGACAAGGAGCCAAAUACUGCAACUCCAUCUACGCAUACGUCUCCAUAGGAAUCCGGGAUAAAUUGUCCCCAAUCAACGUCGAACUUACCUACAGGCUGCAAGACACUGCCUCUGCUCAUUCGCUGCUUCCGCCAGUGCUGAAUGGGACGAAGCCCAGCAACAUUACCAAACAGGUACACAUCAAGAAGAACUGUGGAGAUGACGAUGUCUGCGUCCCUGACUUGCAUCUGCUGGCAAGGCCAAACAUGGACGAAUACUUGAUUGGAAGUACGGGUAACGUGGAGCUGAACGUGAGCAUUCACAACCGCGGCGAAGACGCCUUCGAAGCUAUGAUGUACGUUGACUUCCCUUCUGACCUCAACUACGUAAAGGUGGAAAAGAGCAAGCUGGACUCCAUCACAUGUGGUGGAGCACAAAGGAGCUCCUUGGGAGGCAGUGUAGUGGUGUGCGAUGUCGAGAACCCUUUGCCAGCCAAUAAGAAGGUGAACUUCAAGGUAAUUUUCUCGCCUGCCCGCCUGGUCCCAACGGCGUCUGACCUCAACAUUACCCUCCUCGUAAACAGCACAAACCCAGAGAACGAGAGUUCCAUUGCCGACAACAGCGUCACAUUCCAGCUACCAGUGCGCGUGAAGGUCAACAUGACUAUUCGCGGAACAUCGUUCCCACAGCAGAUCUUUUUCAACCAGUCAGGAAUUGAAGAACGAAAAGUUGUGUACGAUACCGAUAUAGGACCAGAAGUCAAGCACGUGUAUGAGAUCAUUAACCGAGGCCCAAGCUUGGUACGCGAAGCAGAGAUCUUCCUGAUGUGGCCUACACACAACAUCCACGAUGAUCCUCUACUGUACUUGAUUGACUACCCGCAAGUGCGCGGCAACUGCCACUGCGAAAACAUUCGUGAGGGUAUCCUCAACCCAAGACAUAUACAGAGGAAGGCAAGGCCACGUCGUGAACUGGAACAAGUUCCACGUCGCAACGUCAGGAACCUGGAAGAUAGGGAAUUUCAGAGCGAACAGGAUUGCGGAGAACUCCCUCGAUGCGCCGUGUUUCGCUGCGUGGCGCACAACCUCACCGCUGGUGAUGUGGUGGUGCUAACAGUCAAUUCGCGUCUGUGGCAGCAAACAAUCGCCAAGAUGUCGCAGGAGAAAUUUCAGAUAUCUUCCAAGAUGGUGUCGCGGGUCACGCAGCUUCAGUACGGUCUUCGACCGGACUUCAUCCCGUACAAGGUUCACUACGUAUCGACGACGGUGAUCUUGGAGGGCCUGGAAAGUGGUGUCCGUGGACCAGCCUGGUGGAUCAUACUCUUGGCCGUCUGUGGGGGACUUUUACUUCUCGGUCUUCUUGCACUUCUUCUCUGGAAGCUCGGCUUCUUCAAGAGGAAGCGUCCUCAGGAUGAAGAACCCCUUCAUCAAGUUCAGAAGACUCCCCAAGAACAGAACGGCUAUCGGUACAAAGAGGGAGACGAGGCCUUAUAAGGUUUACUGUAGUAGCAGGAAUUCUAUCGGGCCUAAAAUACGUUCAUUAUGUAACACUAUUCUAAAAGCCUGUGUCUCACAGCUAUAGGCAAGCUGGAGCAUGUUAUCAUCAACACGUGGCAUUAGUAAGUUAGGAAGCAACUUUAAAACAAUCGUUCCUUACCACUUAGUGCAAGGAAACAUGUAGUCAAGAAGAGAAACCCUAUAUACAUGAUAUCGAGACAUAAGAUAAGAUAUAAGAAUAUAUCGUAGAAAAUGCAAGCAAGUACGUGCAACCAAAACGAAAUACGAUAAAGUUGCCUGCAGUAUGCCUGACAAGCAGGACACCAAAUGAGAUUCGUUUUAUCAUUCGUUACCAUUCGUAACAUAGUCAAAAAAGAAAAGAAAAAGAACACGAACGAAAAUUUACGUUCGUACAUGCGAUACAUAUCAUUGACGCUGUAAAAAAUAGAAGAAGCAUUGUACAGUUGGCCGGUUAAGUCAUAAAAAAAAACGUUAUAGAAACGCGAGUUGAUGUUGUUACGUUUAUCCUGAUCGUGUUGAGCGUUGUAAUGUGCAUUUUCCACUGCCACACUUUCAGCUUCCACGAUUGUAGUGUCACGCACGCGUAAACGCGUUGCUAGUUUCUUACAAACGUUUUGUGCUUGUUUCUUCACGUUUGUAUGCGCUUUCAAUUAACCCUUUAACGCGUCCGAGAUUUGUUCUUCACCUCAUGACAAACUCGCAUCAGGCCUGAAGGAGAUCCAUCAAAGUCAACGUUAAAUAUUUAUUUAUCAAUAUCAUCUUUGUCGACAUCAAGGUGCGAAAUUAUACAGCGUACAGUAAUGUUCCCCGUAGCGUUUUUCAUAAGCACCUGCCGUCGAAACGUCGCGACGUAUCGUUACCGUUCUUGGACAUGUUCCGAGUGUCUAUCUUCUGUAAUCCUCUUGAGUGUUAUUUAUGACAAUUCAUUUGUGUCCGAUUCACGAAUCAGCUUUUUAAACAGCCCGAUCGGCUGAUCGGCAGUUUGAAAGUCUCAUAGUAAUAUUGCUCUGACUAAAUAGUGUUUCCUCAUCACUUUUGUCGCUGGUUUCGAAAGCAUAUGCCUUUCUUGCCAUUUGCACCAGCUUUUACGUGGAAUAUCACAAUACGAGCAGCUUCUUGUGUGACUCAUUUGUUUUUUAAAUUUUGUUUCUAUAUUUAUCCGUAGUCUCGAAUAACGUAGGAGCGACUCAAUUCACGUGACAUCCAUGGUGAACAAUGCAGUCAAAUACUGAAGGGCAACGCAACGCAGCAACACAGUAUGCAGCUGCUAUCUGCAGCACAAGCAGUUGUACACCGUCUUGAUGUGUUCUGUAGUCUAUACGUAGCUGAUUUAGCCGGCGUUCACACGGGGCAACUUUUCCCAGCAACUCGAAGCAACUCAAACCAACGUCUUUUGAGCAAUUUCGAGUCCGCGUUCACACGCAGCAACUCUGUAGCUCCACCCACAAGCAACCUUAUGGCGACCGGACAAUGUGGGUUCGAAUCUAACUGGUGGAAUCAUUUCUUUAGCUGCUGUUUAUCAAAUUUCAGUCAGUUUUAUUACUCCAAUAGAUCAUUAUUGCCGUCCAGAAGUGGCAACUGAUAUGUUUCCGUGAAGUUCGUAAAAAAAGAAAAAGUUAUUUUUUAGCUGCACCUCCAGGAUUUGAACCUAUGAACCCACGAACGAAAUCCACAACGCCAUCGGGAGUCACGUGGCAAUGCUUCCCUCUCUGAUUGGCCGAUGCACGAGCAACUUCUCGAGUUUUCGGUCCGGGAGCGACUCGCAGCAACUCGGAGCAACUCGAGUUGCUGGAGGUUGCCGGCUGACAGCAACUCCAAAGUUGCUCAUAGUUGCUGCAAAAAGUUGCCCCGUGCGAACGCUGCCUUAGCUGAUUAUUGGCUGAUUCCAUUCAGCUGAUUGUUCAAUAUGAUUGCCGUGGAUCCUUAACACAGCUACCACGUCUGUCUAUCCUCGUGUCACAUGUUGAAAGAACCAUUCAGACAAGAACGGAAGUUCUCAUUCAGCAUUGUAUCUGCAACUGUGUGCUCUUGAUAUGUAAACUAUUUCUGCAAGUGCGCCGGCGGCUCUCUGUUUUAUAUGUAUGUACUACGCGGUGCUGUAAAUAUAGAGUACUUAGGUUCACUGUGAUUACAUAAUUGGAUAUUUAUUACAUUAUAGCAGCGGUUGUGCAAUAUUGAAAUGGAACUGUUUUGUAACUUAGCAGUUGUUCUCGACUUGUCAAGGUAUCCUUGUCUGUCUAACUGAGAUAUUUAAGAUAUGUAUUUCUACGUGGCCGUUGUUACUCAAAUAAGUCUUUGACCUGAUAGGACAAACAGACGUAACAGGAAUCACUUUGUAACCCAGGUUGGGAGGUUGAAGGCGUCGUUUAUGAGCAAGCCUGUAUUAACUCAUUCACCAAUUAACAAGGUGCAAACGGUCUUUACCACCUCUGUUUAUAAAUAUUUAAACGCACUCAUACUUAUUUGAUUUUGCGUUUGUGCUGUAUAAAUCCUGUACUUCACAAACUUUACUUUGCGAAAGAAAUAAAUAAAAGGAAGGUUGAUGAC